CACAAAACAAAACAAAAAUUGGUCUCCUUUUUACCCGAAGCGAAACAGCGUGCCUUCCACUAUGAUGUAUAUAAGCCAUGCUCAGGGGUGAUGAAAACGCGAAAAGCCAGCAACCGACCACCACGCGCGCGGAAACCAAACGGAACGGAAACACGAGAGCAGGGAAAGCUUACUGGUUGCAGCAGCAGCGACAGGUUCAAAUGUUGUUAUCCUGCCACAAGCGCGCCAUUCCAUUGCCGGAGCUGAUCGCGUUGAAGUCGCGGUGUUGCGCGCGUUAUUCUUUACUGUUUCUUCGUGGCGGCGGCGGCGACAACGAGUUUAUUUUUAGUUUGGUGAAUUUUUCGCGAAUCGACGAAAUCUGCGCGCCUAAGUGCCUUCGGUUCGGCUGCGGGGAAGUGCUACCGCCAGUAGUGAUUGAGUGAGCUUUUGUCAGUUUCGCGUUUCAUCAACUAAUCAAAACACCAGAAACGAGCGGAGCGUUGGAUUACACUACGAGAGGGGGCAAUGGUGAGGAGCGAAAACGGACGGAAAAGGCAAAGUUUUAUCGAUUCUGAACAUUAAAAACAAACGCCACAUUACUGGGUACACCCUGGCUGCUGGUGCUCUCUGUUGCGACUGCACAGCAUUCGGCGGCGGAAACCACGUUCAGAAGGAAGCCUCGCGCCCUGCUUCCGACCAACUGCCAAAAAGAGCUCGAAAGCUGCUUCCAAACAGUGUAACCUGACACAGUCGGCGUGGCAUUCGGAAUGAUAGUGAGUGAGUGAUUUGCGAAACAAAGUAAUCCGAAAAUCAGUGUCCUUCCGCGGGAUUAAUUCGAGUGUUCAUUGGAAGAAGCCGCAUGCAUCGAAGUGCCCGUAGUUUGAAUAUGAAUCUAACCCAAGGGUGCACAGGAUUAUGAAUGCAGUUCCCUUAUUUAGUGUCUUCUGUCUUUCAUCAACGGUGUGGAUUUACGCAGUUGCUGGAGCACUAACCUAUCGACUUCCAGAGAACGUUUCGACGUACGACAAAAAUGUCAAACCAGGAUCACUCACUGAGGUGUCAAUCUCGCUGUACAUCAACAGGAUAUCGGGAGUGGAUGAAAACAAGGAGGAAAUAUCAAUCGAUGCGUUUCUGCAAGUCACGUGGGAGGAUCCCCGGCUGGUUCCGGACGAUUCCGCCGGGACCAUGACCAAGGAGUACAUGGAGCUGACACCGACCGAGCAGAUGACGGUGUGGGUUCCCGAUCUCUACAUUCGGCAGCUGCGGGAGAUGCGGGUGAUGACCCUGUUCGAGGAAAUCAGCAAACUGCGGCUGUACAAAAAUAGCACCCUCGUGUUGACCAAGGGGGCAACAAUCAUCUUUAAGUGCGAUAUGGAUUUCGUUCUGUAUCCGUUAGACGUACAAAGAUGUCCAGUAGAUUUUAGUAGCUACAAAUAUAAUGUAAGAGAAAUGCGCUUCCGUUGGAAGAAUGACAACGGCCUCACAUUCCCGAAGGAUUUUGGAGACGGAUUCUUCCGAUUGCCAAAGUACGUCGUAUCGUUCUACACCGAACAGAACCCGCAAACAAUCCACUAUGGUGAAGACAACCAUAGUUCCGCCCGGCUGGAGAUAACCCUGUCGCGCGAGGUCAAAAGCUACCUUCUGGAAAACUACCUUCCCUCGACGCUGUUCGUGUCCAUGUCCUGGGGUUCGUUCGUCGUCGUCCCGGAAAUCGUUCCGGGUAGGAUGGUUCUGCUGGUGACGACACUCCUCUCGCUAAUCACCAUGUUCGACACGGUUCGGAACAACUCACCGGAUGCCCUGGAACUCAAAUGUCUGGAGGUGUGGCUGAUAUCGUGUACGCUUUUUGUAUUUUUCGCACUGAUGGAGUAUUUUAUAGUGCUCUUCGGCAUUCGGUACGAUAAGCACUGGCGAGUGGCAGCCAAAGCCCAUCAUGUGCAGGUCGCACCCCCAGUGCAGAUCCAAUCAACACUGUCUCUGUCACAAAACACUGUCGAGACGCCGAUGAAUUCCAGUCAUGCAGCGCAGCGCGAGAAUGGACUGGAGAGCACCGGAGGAGGGCUCAAGGUAACGGGAACGAACAAGGUGCAACCGCAGGAGGCAGACGCAUCCAAGGUCAAUUCGAUCGGAAACCUGUCCGGUAGUUUUCAAACCACUCAACACGUGACUUCCGUUAUGACUCGAAGACGUGUUCACAGCUUCCGCAACGUGGCCGACGUGGCGCUGAUGUAUGCUGGCUCACAACGAGGCCGGUUGGACCAAAUCUCGCUUAUAAUCUUCCCGCUGAGUUUUCUCAUCUUCACAAUCGCUUACUGGACAAUGUACAUCAACGAGUCAAACCAUCGGAGGAAUAUGUAACCAUACUUGCAUGGUUUUCUACAUUGUAAAAAAUCAAUCAACGCUAGCAAUGUUGUCUCGAUCAAUAGUUGACUAGUCGAUAUAAUUAGGUUAUAAGAAUUGAAACACGUUGAAUCAACAAACAAAAUAUAUCGAAAUUAUUAUAUAUUUAUAUACAAUCACUUUGCCUUCAAAAGUAUUCUUCCUCUAGUCAAAUUGCUUUCAAAGAGUAAUAAAAAAUGAAAAGAAUGUACACCAAACUAAACAAUGAAACAAUUGCCUUUACCAUUGUACAGCAUUCUCAUGAUAGUGAUAUAGAUGAGUCAGCAGAAAAGAAAAUAUUAUUUAUGUUAGAUAUGUUACGUUUUGCCUCAUUCUUCCUAGUUAAAAAUCGUUGACAAAUAUUUUAAUAAAACAUCAU